GCUGACGUCCCGAGGACAACAUGGCCCCUGAAAGAGCCCUCUAAGGGAGGACUCCACCCUAGGCCCCGCUGACGUCCCGAGGACACAUGGCCCAGGACGAGCCUCUAAGGGGAGGACGCCACCCAGGCCCUGCUGAGUCCGAGGACAAACAUGGCCCAGGAAGCGCCCUCUAAGGGAGGACGCCACCCAUGCCCCCGCUGUAGCGUCCCAUUAACACAUGGCCCAGGAAGAGCCCUCUAAGGGAGGACGCCACCAGCUGGACUCUUCCCAGAAGAGGGAGCUGCUGGGGGAGACGGCACUGCAGGGUACAGGCUAUUCUCUGGAUUGGUCGCCAACCCCUUGACACAACAAGGAUGUUGUAUUGCUGGUGGACAUCUUGUCUUUAUCAACCAUGGUGCUAUGUCUAUCCCACUCUUGUAGUCCUAACUGCUCACCCGGUCUUUCUCCCUGUCCGCUACCAGUGUUUGAACAUUGAAGACCUACCUGGAUUUGAAAGUCAAGGAUAUUUGGGGUAUCUCCUCUGUAUCAAUGGUGAUGUUUUUUGUCUCUAAAACCUAGUCUCUAUCCCUGUCCUCCUCUCUGACCUGUCCUCCUCUCUGACCUGUCCUCCUCUCUGACCUGUCCUCCUCCCUGCCCUGUCCUCCUCCUGCCCUGUCCUCCUCCCUUGCCCUGUUCCUCCUCCCUGCCCUGUCCUCCUCCCUGCCCUGUCCUCCUCCCUGCCCUGUCCUCCUCCCUGCCCCUGUCCUCCUCCCUGCCCUGUCCUCCUCCAUGCCCUGUCCUCCUCCCUGUCCUCCCUGUCCUCCUCCCUGUCCUCCUCUCUGUCUCCACGCUGUCUUCCUCCCUCCAGGCCCCAGCUCUGUGUUUGACCUGCUGAAGGUUGAGGACAGAGAGAGACUCUCCAGCCUACGGAGGCCCUCCUCAGAUACCACCUCAGGACCCAGACCCCCCACUGAGCUCCCACCCAGACAGCCCAUCCCUGGGGAGGGCAGAGCAGCUGUGGUGGCUGCAGGGGUAGCAGCUGCAGCAGCCAAAGCCUCCGCCCAGAAGGCCCUGUCUAGCAGGUACACCUAUAUAUGUCUGUCUGUCUGACCAUGUCUGAAGUCUCCUGGGAUAUGUGUUGUAUUGGAGACCAGUGUUCUAUAUCUUGAAAUGUAUUGUAGUCCAGUGUUCUACAGUGGGGGAAAAAAGUAUUUAGUCAGCCACCAAUUGUGCAAGUUCUCCCACUUAAAAAGAUGAGAGAGGCCUGUAUUUUUCAUCAUAGGUACACGUCAACUAUGACAGACGAAGUGAGAAAAAUAAAUCCAGAAAAUCACAUUUUGUAGGAUUUUUAAUGAAUUUAUUUGCAAAUUAAGAUAUCAACCCCCAAGAAAAUCUUUGGAGGGAGUUGAAAGUCUGUGUUGCCCACCGACAGCCCCAAAACAUCACUGCUCUAGAGGAGAUCUGCAUGGAGGAAUGGGCCAAAAUACCAGCAACAGUGUGUGAAAACCUUGUGAAGACUUACAGAAAACGUUUGACCUGUGUCAUUGCCAACAAAGGGUAUAUAACAAAGUAUUGAGAAACUUUUGUUAUUGACCAAAUACUUAUUUUCCACCAUAAUUUGCAAAUAAAUUAAUUAAAAAUCCUACAAAAUGUGAUUUUCUGGAUUUAUUUUUCUCAUUUUGUCUGUCAUAGUUGACGUGUACCUAUGAUGAAAAUUACAGGCCUCUCUCAUCUUUUUAAGUGGGAGAACUUGCACAAUUGGUGGCUGACUAAAUACUUUUUUCCCCCACUGUAUAUCUUGUAAUGUAUUGUAGUCCAGUGUUCUAUAUAGUGUAUUAUAAACUGGGUGGUUCGAACCCCGAAUGCUGAUUGUCUGACAGCCGUGGUAUACCAUGGGUAUGACAAAACCAUUUAUUUUUACUGUUCUAAUUAUGUUGGUAACCAGUUUAUAAUAGCAAUAAGGCACCUCGGGGGUUUGGGAUAUAUGGCCAAUAUACCACGGCUAAGGGCUGUAUCCAGGUACUCCACGUUGCAUCUUUUCUGCUGUUGUUGUCCUGCAGAUAUCACGUUGUAGCAGCUAUCACGUUGUAGCAGAUAUCACGUUGUAGCAGCUAUCACGUUGUAGCAGCUAUCACGUUGUAGCAGAUAUCACGUUGUAGCAGCUAUCACGUUGUAGCAGCUAUCACGUUGCAGCAGAUAUCACGUUGCAGCAGCUAUCACGUUGUCGCAGCUAUCCCACGUUGUAGACAGCUAUCCACGUUGUAGCAGCUAUCACGUUGUAGCAGCUAUCACGUUGUAGCAGAUAUCACGUUGUAGCAGCUAUCACGUUGUAGCAGUGUGAAGAACACCCUGAACAUGCCACUGAUUUUUUUGUUUUGUGCAACGUCUUGUAAUGCUCUCACCUACAAUAGUCCUGCUGCUCCUGGCAACGUCUUGUAUCGCUCUCACCUACAAUAUCCUGCUGCUCCUGGCAACGUCUUGUAUCGCUCUCACCUACAAUAUCCUGCUGCUUCCUGGCAACGUCUUGUAAUCGCGGGGUCUCACCUACAUUAUCGCCUGCUGCUCUGGCAACGUCAUAUGACUGAGUCUCAGUUGAAUUCAUCCAUCCAGGUUUGCACCCCCAGCAGAGCAGCAGCAGGAAGCUCUGAGUGUGUGGAGUGGACCUGCAGCCCAGGCACAGACAGGACAGACCUUCAAACCCUUUGAGAGGACCGCUCAUAAACAGGCCCGCUACGACCUCUACAUAGACAAGCUCAAACAGGGAGACCGAGGUACAGAGAACUGCUUUUUAAGGUACUGACAUUUAAAUAAAGACAAGUUGCUUGACAAUGACAAAAUGGUAUUUUUAAUGUUUAUUAUGGUCUAUUAAGAUAAUACAACCACAUACUUUUCAUGUAGAACACAGAAAUGGAGAGCCUUUUAAUACUUGUCUGAAGAAUCAGCCACAUGUGUUUUGCUUUAGGGCAUUCCUCUCAAACUUGCAUUAUCCACUAAGAUUCCAAUGACGGUUUUAAUCAUCACGAAUCUCACCGUGUUCCCACCAACUCUGUGUCCAGAUGCCCUGGAGUUGAGCUUGGACCCCGCCAUGACAGAGUGGGAGAGAAGGGAGAGAGAGGGAUGAGUUUGUCCGAGCGGCUCUCCUCUACAAUCCCAGCAGCUCCUCUCUGUCCUGUUCGCUUCACACCAGAGGGAAACAUGAUGACGCCGUGGAGGCAGACACCUGUGGAGGUGACGCGAGAUCAGGAGGUAGGGAGCUUCACCAUAAUGUUGAAGGAUUGGUGGGGGGGAUCAGGAUGUCUUCCAGAGAAUGAGAUGUUUUGUUGACAGAGAUGAGCAGGGACGUUACGGGUGGAAGCAAGCAGACAUGACCGGGCGCCCGGGAGAAAUCUCUUGGUACAGAUCUCAAGCACAUUAUCUUAAAGCCUUACUUCCUCGUUCAUCUCUGUUAAUAGCUUGGUUUUGCGUCAUAAUGUGCCUUGCCAAUAAUUGGUUACAGUAAUCAAAUUCAACAUAUUCUAUGAUAACAGUCAGAGAAAGUAUUGGGGGUUUUGAGGGUCAGUUGGACAUCACUGCUCACUGUCCACUUGAGCUUACAACAAAACACACACAGGCAUAUUUCUAUAUAAUAAUAAUAAUAAUAUGCCAUUUAGCAGACGCUUUUAUCCAAAGAGACUUACAGUCAUGUGUGCAUACAUUUUUAUGUAUGGGUGGUCCCGGGGAUCGAACCCACUACCCCGGCGUUACGAGGCGCCGUGCUCUACCAGCUGAGCUACGGAGGACGACGCCCCGCGUUAAGAAUGCCAAAUAAUUGUGGUCUAUUGCUAUAUGUCUAUCUAUGACCCAGCCUUCAUGGUCUCAUUGUGGCCUAUUGCUAUUCUAUGUCUAUCUAUGACCCAGCCUUUAUGGUCUCAUUGUGGUCUAUUGCUAUUCUAUGUCUAUCUAUGACCCAGCCUUAUGGUCUCAUUGUGGUCUAUUGCUAUUCUAUGUCUAUCUAUGACCAGCCUUUAUGUCUCAUUGUGGUCUAGUUGCUAUAUGUCUAUCUAUGACCCAGCCUUUAUGGUCUCAUUGUGGCCUAUUGCUAUAUGUCUAUCUAUGACCCAGCCUUUAUGGUCUCAUUGUGGCCUAUUGCUAUAUGUCUAUCUAUGACCCAGCCUUCAUGGUCUCAUUGUGGUCUAUUGCUAUUCUAUGUCUAUCUAUGACCCAGCCUUUAUGGUCUCAUUGUGGUCUAUUGCUAUUCUAUGUCUAUCUAUGACCCAGCCUUUAUGGUCUCAUUGUGGUCUAUUGCUAUAUGUCUAUCUAUGACCCAGCCUUUAUGGUCUCAUUGUGUCUAUAUUGCUAUAUGUCAUCUAUGACCCAGCCUUUAUGGUCUCAUUGUGGUCUAUUGCUAUAUGUCUAUCUAUGACCCAGCCUUUAUGGUCUCAUUGUGGUCUAUUGCUAUAUGUCUAUCUAUGACCCAGCCUUUAUGGUCUCAUUGUGGUCUAUUGCUAUAUGUCUAUCUAUGACCCAGCCUUUAUGGUCUCAUUGUGGUCUAUUGCUAUAGUGUCUAUCUAUGACCCAGCCUUUAUGGUCUCAUUGUGGUCUAUUGCUAUAUUCUUCUAUGACCCAGCCUUUAUGGGUCUCAUUGUGGUUCUAUGCUAUAUGUCUAUCUAUGACCCAGCCUUUAUGGUCUCAUUGUGGUCUAUUGCUAUAAUGUCUACUAUGACCCAGCCUUUAUGGUCAUCAUUGUGGUCUAUUGCUAUAUGUCGAUCUAUUGACCACAGCCUUUAUGGUCUCAUUGUGGUCUAUGCCUAAUUCGACUAUGAUGUCUAUCUAUACCAAGCCGUUAUGGUCUCAGUGUGGACUAUGCUAUAUGUCUAUCUAUGACCCCGCCUUUAUGGUCUCAUUGUGUUCUAUUGCUAUAUGGUCUUCUAUGACCCAGCCUUUAUGGUCUCAUGUGGUCUAUUGCUAUAUGUCUAUCUAUGACCCAGCCUUUAUGUUCUCAUUGUGUCUAUUUGCGCCCUAUAUGUCUCUAUGACCCAUCCUUUAAUGGUCUCAUUGUGGUCUAUUGCUUAUAUGUCUAUCUAUGACCCAUCCCCCCUUUAUGGUCUCAUUGUGGUCUACAUUGCUUCUAUUGUCUAUCUAUGACCCCAGCCUUUAUGGUCCUCAUGUGGUCCGAUUGCUAUUCUAUGUCUAGUGUAAAUCUCUAUGAACCCCAGCCUUCAUGUCUAAUCUUUUUAUCAUCAUGAUCGCCAGCGGGGAACCAAACUCUCCCUAUGACCUUUUCCAUACUCUUCAAUUUGGAUGGACACUGUAUUCUAGACGGUCACCUAGCCCCUACCCCCCUGAGCAGUUUUGUAGAUAUGAAAGAAUCGGCUGGGUGGCAGGAGCGUUGGGCCAGUAAUCCAAAGGCUGCUUGUUCGAAUCCCUGAGCCGACUAGAUAAAAAAAAAAAAAAAAAAUGUAAUGUGCCCUUGAGCAAGGCACUUAACCCUAAUUCCUUCCGCUAAGUCGCUCUGGAUAAGAGUGUCUGCUAAAGGACUAAAAUGUAAAAUGGGUGCGAGCUAUAAUGCUCAAAAUGCCAACUAGAUUAUUACAGCUAUUACCAUUUUUUAUAUCUAUCUAUCUUCAAGUCUUUUCAGAUCUACACAAGUGCAUUUGGGUUACAGGCUAUGGGUCCAGGAUUGGGCAUGAGGCUCAGUGGGUUGAUACUCUGUACUGCCUUUUUGGUCUUCAGAAUGAUGUGGGAUGACAAGCAGGCAGCUGUGAUGAGGCUCAGUGGGUUGAUACUCUGUACUGCCUUUUUGUCUUCAGAAUGAUGUGGAUGACAAGCAGGCAGCUGUGAUGAGGCUCAGUGGGUUGAUACUCUGUACUGCCUUUUGGUCUUCAGAAUGAUGUGGAUGACAAGCAGGCAGCUGUGAAGAUGAAGAUGUUUGGGAAACUGACCAGAGACUCGUUCGAAUGGCACCCUGACAAACUGCUCUGCAAGAGGUUCAAUGUACCUGACCCCUACCCUGGGUACGACACACACACUCACAUACACACACACACAGAGAAUAUGCAGAAACGACACACGAACACAGAAUAGACACACGUACACCCACAGAAUAGACAUACAGUACCAGUCAAAAGUUUGGACACACCUACUCAUUCAAGGGUUUUUUCUUUAUUUUGACUUAUUUUCUACAUUGUAGAAUAAUAGUGAAGACAUCAAAACUAUGAAAUAACACACAUGGAAUCAUGUAGUAACCAAAAAAGUGUUCAACAAAUCAAAAUAUAUUUUAGAUUCUUCAAAUAGCCACCUUUUGCCUUGAUGACAGCUUUGUACACUCUUGGCAUUCUCUCAACCAGCUUCACCUGGAAUGCUUUUCCAACAGUUUUGAAGGAGUUCCCACAUAUGCUGAGCACUUGUUGGCUGCUUUUCCUUCACUCUGCGGUCCGACUCAUCCCAAACCAUCUCAAUUGGGUUGAGGUUGGGGGAUUGUGGAGGCCAGGUCAUCUGAUGCAGCACUCCAUCACUCUCCUUCUUGGUCAAAUAGCCCUUACACAGCCUGGAGGUGUGUUGGGUCAUUGUCCUGUUGAAAAACAAAUGAUAGUCCCACUAAGCCCAAACCAGAUGGGAUGACGUAUCGCUGCAUAAUGCUGUGGUAGCCAUUCUGGUUAAGUGUGCCUUGAAUUCUAAAUAAAUCACAGACAGUGUCACCAGCAAAGCACCCCCACACCAUAACACCUCCUCCUCCAUGCUUUACGGUGGGAACCACACAUGCGGAGAUCAUCCAUUCACCGACUCUGCGUCUUACAAAGACACGGCGGUUGGAACAAAAAAUCUGAAAUUUGGACUCAUCAGACCAAAGGACACAUUUCCACCGGUCUAAUGUCCAUUGCUCGUGUUUCUUGGCCCAAGCAAGUCUCUUCUUCUUAUUGAUGUCCUUUAGUAGUGGAUUCUUUGCAGCAAUUCGACCAUGAAGGCCUGAUUCACGCAGUCUCCUCUGAACAGUUGAUGUUGAGAUGUGUCUGUGACUUGAACUCUGUGAAGCAUUUAUUUGGGCUGCAAUUUCUGAGGCUGGUAACUCUAUUGAACUUAUCCUGUGCAGCAGAGGUAACUCUGGGUCUUCCAUUCCUGUGGCGGUCCUCAUGAGAGCCAGUUUCUUUAUCAGCGCUUGAUGGUUUUUGCGACUGCACUUGAAAAAACGUUCAAAGUUCUUGAAAUGUUCCAGAUUGACUGACCUUCAUGUCUUGAAGUAAUGAUGGACUGUCAUCUUUCUUUGCUUAUUUGAGCUGUUCUUGCCAUAAUAUGGACUUGGUAUUUUACUAAAUAGGGCUAUCUUCUGUAUACCCCCCCUACCUUGUCACAACACAACUGAUUGGCUCAAACACAUUUAAGAGGGAAAGAAAUUCCACAAAUUAACUUUGAACAAGACACACAUGUUAAUUGAAAUGCAUUCCAGGUGACUACCUCAUGAAACUGGUUGAGAGAAUGCCAAGAGUGUGCAAAGCUGUCAUCAAGGCAAAGGGUGGCUAUUUUGAAAAAUCUCAAAUAUAAAAUAUAUUUUGAUUUGUUUAACACUUUUUUUGGUUACUACAUGAUUCCAUAUGUGUUAUUUCAUAGUUUUGAUGUCUUCACUAUUAUUCUACAAUGUAGAAAAUAGUUAAAAAUAAAGAAAAACCCUUGGAGUAGGUGUGUCCAAGCUUUUGACUUGUACUGUACACACUUGAUCACCAUGGAACGAAUGGUACUAGGAAUACUAAUACUCAAUGGGUACUGCUUGUGUGUCAUGGCAUUGGGCUCUAACUGUUGUUGUUGUUGUCUAUCCAGGUCAGGGUUCGUGGGAAUGCCCAAAGUGAAGAGAGACAAGUUCUCUGUCUUUAACUUCCUGACUGUAUCAGAGAGUCCAACAGCUAGUGCUUCCCCCGCUCCACAAGGUAACAAACAAUCAGUUCCACUUUAUCCAGACACAGAUAUCAGAGCCUCUACCAACCCAGUUCAUUUGAUCUGAUUUUAAAGUGACUUUCGAAGGCUUCUGUUUUAUCCUAUUGUGUGGAUGAGUGAAGCUUGUGCUCUUUAAAUGACAUGAUCAAAUCAAAUCAAAUUUUAUUGGUCACAUGCGCCGAAUACAACAGGUGCAGACAUUACAGUGAAAUGCUUACUUACAGCCCUUAACCAACAGUGCAUUUAUUUUAAACAAAAAAGUAAGAAUAAAACAGCAACAAAAAAAGUGUUGAGGAAAAAAAGAGCAGAAGUAAAAAUAAAGUGACAGUAGGGAGGCUAUAUAUACAGGGGGGUACCGUUGCAGAGUCAUGUGCGGGGGCACCGGCUAGUUGAGGUAGUUGAGGUAAUAUGUACAUGUGGGUAGAGUUAAGUGACUAUGCAUAAAUACUUAACAGAGUAGCAGCAGCGUAAAAAGGAUGGGGUGGGGGGGCAGUGCAAAUAGUCCUGGUAGCCAUGAUUAGCUGUUCAGGAGUCUAUGGCUUGGGGGUAGAAGCUGUUGAGAAGUCUUUUGGACCUAGACUUGGCACUCCGGUACCGCUUGCCGUGCGGUAGCAGAGAGAACAGUCUAUGACUAGGGUGGCUGGAGUCUUUGACAAUUUUUGAGGGCCUUCCUCUGACAACCCGCCUGGUAUAGAGGUCCUGGAUGCAGGAAGCUUGGCCCCAGUGAUGUACUGGGCCGUACGCAACUACCCUCUGUAUGCCUUGCGGUCAGAGGCCAAGCAGUUGCCAUACCAGGCGGUGAUGCAACCAGUCAGGGAUGCUCUCGAUGGUGCAGCUGUAGAAUUUUUUGAGGAUCUGAGGACCCAUGCCAAAUCUUUUUAGUCUCCUGAGGGGGAAUAGGCUUUGUCGUGCCCUCUUCACGACUGUCUUGGUGUGUUUGGACCAUGAUAGUUCGUUGGUGAUGUGGACACCAAGGAACUUGAAGCUCUCAACCUGUUCCACUACAGCCCCGUCGAUGAGAAUGGGGGCAUGCUCAGUCCUCUUUUUUUUCCUGUAGUCCACAAUCAUCUCCUUUGUCUUGGUCACGUUGAGGGAGAGGUUGUUGUCCUGGCACCACACGGCCAGAUCUCUGACCUCCUCCCUAUAGGCUGUCUCAAUCGUUGUCGGUGAUCAGGCCUACCACUGUUGUGUCGUCGGCAAACUUAAUGAUGGUGUUGGAGUCGUGCCUGGCCAUGCAGUCAUGGGUGAACAGAGAGUACAGGAGGGGACUGAGCACGCACCCCUGAGGGGCCCCCGUGUUGAGGAUCAGUGUGGCAGAUGUGUUGUUACCCUACCCUUACCACCUGGGGGGCGGCCCGUCAGGAAGUCCAGGAUCCAGUUGCAGAGGGAGGUGUUUAGUCCCAGGAUCCUUAGCUUAGUGAUGAGCUUAGAGGGCACUAUGGUGUUGAAUGCUGAGCUGUAGUCAAUGAAUAGCAUUCUCACGUAGGGUGUUCCUCUUGUCCAGGUGGGAAGGGCAGUGUGGAGUGCGAUAGAGAUUGCAUAAUCUGUGGAUCUGUUGGGGGCGGUAAUGCAAAUUGGAGUGGGGUCUAGGGUUUCUGGGAUAUGCUGUUGAUGUGAGCCAUGACCAGUCUUUCAAAGCACUUCAUGGCUACAGUAAAAGGAUCUGCUGUUUCACGCUCUGCCUUUACCUCUCGAAGGCUGAUUUUAAAGUCAUUAUCAUUCAUUGGCACUUCAAGUUCUUUCUGAAUAGAAAGCAUGUGGUCAGGAAGUAGUUAUUUGACUGGCUUAGGUUUGAAGGGUUGAAAAAAAAUACACAGAGCUCUUAUUCCAUUAGUCUUCAGAGUCCUAGUGAAGACAUCACAUGACAUCACACACUGCUUAGUAAACCUGGCCCUGAGUCUCUCCGUCUCUCUCUGUGUAGCUGUGAAGCCCUCUGAGCCAGGGAAGAGGUCCAGGUGGGAUGUGUCUGGCCAGGCUGGGGCUUUGGAGAAGGAGAGGAAGGAGAAGGAUCCUCUCAGUGAGUUCCUCAGUGUGGCUCGAAUUGAAGCCGUCUGGGUCAGGACCAGACAACUCUAACUACUGAUGGGCCCUACAACUGAUCCUACUGUAGAG